AUGUCUGGGUAUCCAGGUGGUCAUCAGGACCACUAUGAUGAUGGCUACGGCCAUCAACAAGGGAACGGAGGAGGAGACUCGUACUACCAGGAUGACCAGUACUACGACAAUGGCUACGAUGCCCGUGGCGGUCACGGCGCCCAGGGCGGCCACGCUGGCGAUGGCUACUACGACGAAUCGGGAUACUACAAUGCCGACCCCAACAACCCGUACCACCAAGAUGGGGGGUAUUACGACGGCCAUGAUCAAUAUCAAGACGACUACUACAAUGGCCAGGGCGGCAAUUACUACGAUCAGGAUUACAACAACGGGUAUGCCGGUCAUGGCGGCCGCCACGGCUCCGAAGAGGACUCGGAGACGUUCAGCGACUUCACCAUGAGAUCAGACAUGGCCCGCGCAGCCGAGAUGGACUACUACGGUCGUGGUGACGAACGGUACAACAGCUACGGCGACGGGCAGCGAGGGUAUAGGCCACCAUCAUCUCAAAUGUCCUACGGGGCGAAUCGAUCCUCCGGCGCGUCAACACCCAACUACGGCAUGGAUUACGGUAACGUCCUACCUGCCGGCCAGCGCUCUCGUGAGCCGUACCCUGCCUGGACCUCGGAUGCCCAAAUCCCUCUGUCAAAGGAAGAGAUCGAGGACAUCUUCCUCGACUUGACAUCCAAGUUUGGAUUCCAGCGGGACAGCAUGCGCAACAUGUACGACCAUCUCAUGACGCUCCUCGACUCCAGGGCUUCUCGCAUGACACCGAACCAAGCCCUUCUCUCCCUCCAUGCGGACUACAUUGGUGGCGACAACGCCAAUUACCGCAAGUGGUACUUUGCUGCACACCUGGACCUGGAUGACGCUGUUGGCUUUGCCAAUGCCAAGAGUAAAGGCCUUCGUCGCAAGGCAAAGGGCAAGAAGAAGAAGAACGCCGCUGAGGCUGCGAACGAAGCGGAGGCCCUCCAAGACCUGGAAGGCGAUGACAGCCUCGAGGCUGCCGAGUACCGUUGGAAGACGCGCAUGAACCGCAUGUCCCAGCAUGAUCGAGUCCGCCAGAUCGCCCUAUACCUGCUUUGCUGGGGCGAGGCCAACCAGGUUCGAUUUAUGCCGGAAUGCCUUUGCUUCAUUUUCAAGUGUGCCGACGAUUAUCUCAACUCGCCAGCUUGCCAGGCUCUUGUUGAGCCCGUGGAUGAGUUUACGUACCUGAACAACGUCAUCACUCCGCUGUACCAGUACUGCAGAGACCAAGGCUACGAGAUUCUCAACGGGGUCUACGUGCGUCGUGAGCGCGACCACAAGCACAUUAUCGGCUACGAUGACUGCAACCAACUCUUCUGGUACCCUGAAGGUAUCGAGCGCAUCGUCAUGCAAGAUAAGAGCAAGCUUGUGGACGUGCCUCCCGCCGAGCGCUAUCUGAAGUUGAAGGACAUCAACUGGAAGAAGUGCUUCUUCAAGACAUAUAAGGAGACGCGGUCGUGGUUCCACCUCCUCGUCAACUUCAACCGCAUCUGGGUUAUCCACCUGACAAUGUUCUGGUUCUAUACCUCGCAUAAUGCCCCGACUCUACUUCUCGGCUCCAAGUACGAGCAGCAAGUGGACAACCAGCCUCCGGCUGCACAGCAGUUCUCGGUCGUCGCCUUCGGCGGCGCGAUCGCCUCGUUCAUCCAGAUUCUCGCUACGCUAGCGGAGUGGGCGUACGUCCCGCGGCGGUGGGCUGGUGCCCAGCACCUCACCAAGAGGCUUCUGUUCCUCAUCCUCAUCUUCGUCAUCAACCUUGGGCCCGGCAUCAAGGUGUUCGCAAUUCGCACCCCGAAGACCUCUGGAGUUGAUGUGGACCUUAUCAUUGGCAUUGUGCACUUCGUCAUUGCCAUUAUCACGUUCCUCUUCUUCGCGAUUAUGCCUCUUGGUGGGCUCUUCGGUAGCUACCUGACCAAGAACUCGCGGCGCUAUGUUGCAAGCCAGACCUUCACGGCCAGCUGGCCCAGGCUGUCAGGAAACGACAUGGCCAUGUCGUAUGGACUAUGGCUUACGGUUUUCGGUGCCAAGUUUGGCGAGUCCUACGUCUAUCUGACACUGUCGUUCCGCGACGUCAUUAGGUACCUGUCCAUCUUUCACCCUCAGUGCGCCGGAGACAACUUGUUUGGAAAGGCCACCGCAAAUAUCCUUUGCAAGAAUCACCCCUAUAUCUUGCUUGGUCUAAUGGCGUUCACCGACCUGAUCUUCUUCUUCCUCGACACGUACCUCUUCUACGUCUUGCUCAACACCAUCUUCUCGAUUGCCAGGUCGUUCUAUAUUGGAUCUUCCAUUUGGACGCCUUGGCGCAACAUCUUUUCGCGUCUUCCCAAGCGUAUCUACUCCAAGGUUCUGGCCACUACGGACAUGGAAAUCAAGUAUAAGCCUAAGGUACUCAUUUCUCAAGUCUGGAAUGCCAUCGUCAUCUCCAUGUACCGAGAGCACCUACUGGCCAUUGAUCAUGUGCAGAAGCUGCUCUACCACCAGGUACCGUCGGAGCAGGAGGGCAAGCGAACGUUGCGGGCGCCCACGUUCUUCGUCUCCCAGGAAGACCACUCGUUCAAGACCGAAUUUUUCCCCAGCCAUAGCGAGGCCGAACGCCGAAUUUCUUUCUUUGCCCAGUCCUUAUCGACACCGAUCCCGGAGCCUCUUCCAGUGGACAAUAUGCCGACAUUUACCGUCAUGAUCCCUCACUAUAGCGAGAAGAUUCUCCUCUCCCUACGUGAAAUCAUCCGCGAGGACGAGCCCUACUCGCGCGUUACUCUCCUAGAGUACCUCAAGCAACUGCAUCCGCAUGAGUGGGACUGCUUCGUCAAGGACACCAAGAUCUUAGCCGACGAGACAUCGCAAAUGAACGGAGACUUCGAAAAAGGCGAGAAGGACGCUGCCAAGAGCAAGAUCGACGACCUGCCCUUCUAUUGUAUCGGUUUCAAGUCCUCGGCACCUGAGUAUACCCUCCGAACCCGUAUCUGGGCCUCGCUUCGUUCGCAGACUCUGUACCGUACAGUCUCGGGCUUCAUGAACUACAGCCGUGCUAUCAAGCUCCUGUAUCGCGUCGAGAACCCGGAAGUCGUGCAGAUGUUUGGCGGAAACUCCGACAAGCUAGAGCGAGAACUUGAACGCAUGGCCCGUCGCAAGUUCAAGAUUGUGGUUUCGAUGCAGCGCUACUCUAAGUUCAAGAAGGAGGAAAUGGAGAACGCCGAGUUCCUGCUCCGCGCCUACCCCGACCUCCAGAUUGCGUACCUGGAUGAAGAGCCUCCCCUGGCCGAGGGCGAGGAGCCUCGCCUUUACUCCGCUCUGAUUGAUGGCCAUUCUGAGCUUAUGGAGAACGGUAUGAGGCGACCUAAGUUCAGGAUCCAGCUUUCGGGCAACCCUGUUCUUGGUGACGGUAAAUCUGACAAUCAAAACCACUCGGUCAUCUUCUAUCGUGGCGAAUACAUCCAACUCAUCGAUGCCAACCAAGACAACUACCUCGAGGAAUGUCUGAAGAUCAGGAGUGUUCUUGCCGAGUUCGAGGAAAUGAAGACAGAGAACGUCUCGCCCUACACCCCCGGAGUCAAGAACGAAACUACCGCCCCCGUUGCUAUUCUCGGAGCUCGUGAAUAUAUUUUCUCCGAGAAUAUCGGCAUUCUCGGUGAUGUUGCCGCCGGAAAGGAACAGACCUUUGGUACGCUCUUUGCACGAACCCUAGCAAAGAUUGGAGGAAAACUUCACUACGGUCACCCGGAUUUCCUUAACGGCAUCUUCAUGACGACUCGAGGCGGCGUGUCAAAGGCCCAGAAGGGCCUCCAUCUCAACGAGGAUAUCUUUGCCGGCAUGAACGCUAUCCUGCGUGGCGGCCGUAUCAAACACUGCGAAUAUUAUCAGUGUGGCAAAGGCCGUGACUUGGGAUUCGGGUCAAUCCUGAACUUCACUACCAAGAUUGGCACUGGCAUGGGCGAGCAGAUGCUCUCCCGCGAGUACUAUUACCUAGGCACACAGCUCCCGCUCGACCGGUUCUUAUCCUUCUACUACGCUCACGCUGGUUUCCACAUCAACAACAUGUUUAUCAUGCUGUCGGUGCAGCUCUUCAUGCUAUGUCUGCUCAACUUCGGCGCGUUCAGGCACGAGACCAUUCCCUGCGAUUACAAUAGGAACAAGCCAAUUACGGAUCCCCUGUUUCCUACGGGAUGCGCCAAUACGGAUGCUGUCAUGGAUUGGGUUCAACGCAGUAUCUUCUCCAUCUUCUUCGUCUUCUUCCUGUCCUUCGUGCCCCUGAUUGUUCAGGAGUUGACAGAGCGAGGUGUUUGGCGCGCCUUGGUGCGUUUCCUGAAGCAAUUCUUCUCGCUUUCUACCUUCUUCGAAGUGUUCGUCUGCCAGAUCUAUGCGAACUCUGUGCAGCAGGACCUUUCGUUUGGUGGUGCUCGAUACAUCGGAACCGGUCGUGGGUUUGCCACUGCGCGCAUCCCCUUUGGCGUCUUGUACUCCCGAUUCGCCGGUCCUUCGAUCUAUUUCGGCUCGAGGCUGUUGAUGAUGCUUCUGUUUGCGACCGUAACCGCCUGGCAAGCAGCACUGACCUAUUUCUGGAUCACGUUGCUGGGCCUUACAAUCUCUCCGUUCUUGUACAACCCUCACCAGUUCGCUUGGAACGACUUCUUCAUUGACUAUCGCGACUUCCUUCGUUGGCUCUCGCGCGGCAACUCUCGAAGCCAUGCAUCGUCUUGGAUCGCCUUUUGCCGCUUGUCGCGAACGAGAAUCACGGGCUACAAGCGCAAGACACUGGGCGAGGCGUCUGCCAAGCUGUCCGCCGAUGUCCCCCGGGCCGCCAUCGCUAACAUCUUCUUCACCGAAAUUCUCACUCCGCUCUUGCAGGUUGUCUGGACCCUGAUCCCCUACCUGUUCAUCAACGCGCAGACCGGUGUCAUACCCGAGAACAACGAUAACAAGAAGACGCAGCCUACCGACUCGGUCAUCCGUGUCCUGGUUGUGGCCGUCGCCCCUAUCGCCAUCAAUGCCGGAGUUCUUGCUGCCAUGUUUGGUAUGGCUUGCUGCAUGGGUCCUCUCCUGAGCAUGUGCUGCAAGAAGUUUGGCAGCGUCCUGGCUGCCAUCGCUCAUGCCUUUGCUGCCGUCUUCAUGCUCAUCUUCUUCGAGGCCAUGUUCGUCCUCGAGGGUUUCAACUUUGCCCGGACCCUGGCUGGGAUGAUCUGCGUCGUAGCAAUCCAGCGAUUUAUCUUUAAGCUGAUCGUGUCGCUGGCGCUCACCCGAGAGAUGAAGACGGACCAGUCCAAUAUUGCCUUCUGGACGGGUAAAUGGUACUCUAUGGGCUGGCACUCGAUGUCGCAGCCUGCUCGCGAGUUCCUGUGCAAGAUCACGGAGCUCAGCAUGUUCGCUGCUGACUUCAUACUGGGACACUGGCUUUUGUUCCUCAUGAUUCCAGUCCUGGCAAUUCCGCAAGUGGACAAGCUGCAUUCUAUGAUGCUUUUCUGGCUUCGGCCAAGUCGUCAAAUCCGCCCGCCAAUUUACUCGAUGAAGCAGUCGAAAUUGAGAAGACGACGUGUCAUUCGAUACGCCAUCCUUUUCUUCGUGCUGCUCGCCGUCUUCAUUGGCCUCAUCGCCGGGCCUGUCGUUGCUGGCAAGCAGCUCAAGCCUGACGUGUUGCGGAAUCUGGGCAACUCGAUGCCUCUGAAGGACCAGUUCCGGUUGAUGCAGCCCAACGGCCAGAACAACAAGAACACCAACGGAACGGCCGCGACGGGCACGGGCCGCGAUGGAUACACGGGCGCCCUGACAAGGACGUCGACGGACGGCGCUACUGGCGGCGGCAAGGCCACUGCGACGGGAGGGGCUAAGAUCAAGUUGUUCUAA